CGGCGGUUACCGCGGCGACCGAGCGGGCGCGCGCGGGGCCUGCGGUGGACUCGCCUUCCUUCCGGAGCCGCGCUCGGCGCCGGGCGCGCGGGCCGCCCAUGGGAGCCCGGGGCGCCCAGGAUGCGGGCGCCGGCCAGGGAGCUCUUCCGGGAUGCCGACUUCCCCGCCUCGGACUCCUCGCUGUUCUCCAGCUUCUCCACGCCGCUGGCCCAGUUCCGCGAGGACAUCACAUGGAGGCGGCCCCAGGUGGGGCUGUGGGCGCGGGUCUCGAACCUCGGGUCGGGCCCCGAACCUCGGGUGGCCUGGAGAAGCAGCAGGUGGCAAGGUGAAAGGACAGCCAGGAACAUGUGGAACCAUGGGAGCCAAGAGGGGACUGUGGGGGAGUGCAAGGGGACAGCCACUGUUCUGAUGUUGCCAAGCGUCAGGGAAGACGAGAACAGAGAGAAGCCCGUUGGAUUUGACAACGCAGAGGAAAUCUGUGCCACGCCCCGGCUGUUUGCAGAUAACCCACAGGAGGGACAGGUGAAGCAAGGGCUGCUGGGAGACUGCUGGUUCCUGUGUGCCUGCGCCGCCCUGCAAAAGAGCCGGCACCUCCUGGACCAGGUCUUUCCUCCAGGACAGCCGAGUUGGCAUGACCACACAUACCGCGGCUCCUUCACCUGUCGAGUUUGGCAGUUUGGACGCUGGGUGGAGGUGACCAUAGAUGACCGUCUGCCUUGUCUUGCAGGGAGACUCUGCUUCUCCCGGUGUCAGAGAGAGGAUGUGUUCUGGCUUCCCUUACUGGAGAAGGUCUAUGCCAAGGUCUAUGGGUCCUAUGAGCACCUAUGGGCAGGGCAGGUGGCGGAUGCCCUGGUGGACCUCACCGGGGGCCUGGCAGAAAGGUGGAGCCUGAAGGACUUGGCAGGAACCAGUGGCCAACAGGACAGGCCUGGCGGCUCGGAGCACAGGACUUGCCGACAGCUGCUCAGCCUCAAGGACCGGUGUCUGAUAAGCUGCUCGGUGCUCAGCCCCAGAGCAGGUGCCAGGGAGCUGGGGGAGUUUCAUGCCUUCAUUGUGUCCGAUCUGCGAGAGCUCCAGGGGCGGGCCGGCCAGAGCAUCCUGCUGCUGUGCAUUCAGAAUCCCUGGGGCCGGCGUUGCUGGCAGGGGCCCUGGAGAGAGGGGGGCGAAGGGUGGAGCCGGGUGGACCCAGCCGAUGAGUCUGAGUUGCUGUCCCAGCUGCAGGAAGGAGAGUUCUGGGUGGAGGAGGAGGAGUUCCUCCAGGAGUUUGACGAGGUCACCGUUGGCUUCCCGAUCACGGAGGCCGGCCACCUGCAGAGCCUCUACUCAGGAAAGGCGCUGUGCCACACUCAGGAGCUGCCUGGGGCCUGGGUCAAGGGGCAGUCGGCAGGAGGCUGUCGGAACAACAGCGGCUUUCCCAGCAACCCCAAGUUCUGGCUGCGGGUCUCAGAACCGAGCGAGGUGUUUGCCGCUGUCCUGCAGAGACCCAGGGUGUGCGCCGCAGGCCGGGCAGGCCGGGCUCGGGCUUCGGUGGGGGACGGACCUGCCACGAGGAGCCCGGCCAGCUUCCUGGGUGAGGACUACCAGGCCGUGGGUCUGCAUAUCUGGAAGGUGGAGAAGCGGCGGGUCAGCCUGCCCAGGGUCCUGUCCACGCCCCCCGUGGCCGGCACCGUGUGCCAUGCCUACGACCGGGAGGUCCACCUCCGCUGCGAACUCACGCCAGGCUACUACCUGGCCGUGCCCAGCACCUUCCUGAAGGACGUGCCGGGGCAGUUUCUGCUGCGGGUCUUCUCUAGCGGGAGAGUCUCCCUCAGUGCCAUCAAGCCGGCGGCCGGGAGCCCUGCCCCUGGGGAGGCCCUGCCCGCGGGCGAGUGGGAGACCGUGCAGCUGCGGGGCUCCUGGAGAACUGGCCAGACAGCAGGGGGCAGCAGGAACUUUGCCUCCUACCCGAGCAACCCCUGCUUCCCCCUGUCGGUCCCUGAGGGCCCAGGCCCCCGCUGUGUCCGUGUCACCCUGCGUCAACACUGCCAGGACACCCAGUGCCACCCCAUCGGCUUCCACGUCUUCCAGGUUCCGGUGGGGAGCCAGGGUGCGCCCGGCCUGCUGCUCCAGGAACCUGUCCUGAGCUGCGUGCCGCAUCGCUACGCCCAGGAAGUGAGCCGGCUCUGCCACCUGUCGGCAGGGACCUACCGGAUCGUGCCCUCCACCUACCUGCCGGACACAGAGGGGGCCUUCACGGUGACCAUCGCCACCAGGAUAGACAGGCGCUCCAUUCACAGCCAGGAGAGGCUGGGGCAGCUCCUUCAGGAGGCCUCCUUCAUGGCAGUUAGGAAAACCUAACCGGCUGACCCCCCGUGUCAGCUCUGGCGACUGGAGGUUCCGAGGGGCUCCCUCACGCAGUGCCACCAGCCUCAGCACCACGGCGGCCGCGCGUGCUCGCAGGUCCAGGUGAAGACCCCGGCCCGCGGGGCAAGUAGCCCGGGGCGCAGCAGGUGCUGCGGGGAGCGCACACCGAGCGUCUCCGUUCCACGCGGCUAGGGCGCAGAGCUUCCCGGCGACCCUGCACAGCAUCUGCGCCUGGCCCCGGAGAGAGGCCCUACAGCAGACGAGAGCAUAGUAUGACAAAUCUUGUUUAGGACUGUUCACGUGCAACAUUUUUAGGAAGUAACUUUAUAAAUAAAUGUGAGUGCUGAGUGGUUGAGAGACGAGCCGUCUCGGGUGGUGGGGGGCUCGGCCCGCUCUCGCUGAGGAGGAGCGGCAGGCCCGGGCCCUGCCUCCCCAGGGGCCCCCGCCAGCCGCUCCUGCACUGGGGGUGGCCAAGGCCUCCGGGACGGGCCGGCUGGCCUGUGAGGCGGGCGCAGCAGGUGCUGAGGGGUUUGGAGGGCCGGGGAGGGGUGGGCACACGGGUACAAGAGCAGGAGGAAGGGCCUUGCCCCCGCUGGCUGCCCGGAGACACCCCGAGGGGCUGCCAGCUGCAGCUGUCUGCUCCUGACGUGGGAGGAGGCGUCCCUUCAGGCCCCUGGGCCCCUGACCAGUUGGACGCAGUAGGCUCUGAUCUCAGCCGGGCCUCUCGCCCACCACCUCCCACUUCUCUGACUCGCCAGCGCCCUGUUGUCACCGUCACCCAGGUGUCCAGCUAACGCGCCACCCUUCCAAAGGAGGGCAGGGGGCCGCUCCCGAGAGAACCGCUGCUCACUGCCCCACCCCCCUCCACAUAAGGCAGGACGUCUCUAGAAGGCAGGGCCUGGCCUUUCUGUGGCAGAGGGGCGGGAUCAGAAGCUGGUGGCGCUGCGUGAGUGGCCCUCGCUGCGACCCUGUGACCGGUUCUCUGGGGCCGAGUGAGGACAGAGGAGGGCCCCCAGGAUCUGCAGCCUCUUAGAUGGGAAGGCAGCCUGGAGGAGGCAGCCAGCCACCAGCUAAGCGGGGCUUCGGGGCCCGGCCACGGCCAUGGGGCGCAGGCAGUGGCCCCUGUGCCAGAGGAGGCGGAGGGUGUGCCCCAGCACGUGCGCCCUCCUGGCCAGCAGCCCGCUGGCCCACGCCAGCCUCGUCCUUCCUUCACGUGGCUCCUUGAGCUGACCUUGCCCCCAGGGCAUCCUCAGUGGCUGCCCAUGCCAGCCUUGUCCUUCCUUCACGUGGCUCCUUCAGCUGACCUUGCCCCCAGGGCAUCCUCAGUGGCUGCCUGGUUCCCCUCGGCAACACCACCUCCUGGCCCAGUGACCUCCAGAAGUAGCUUGCGUUCUCUGGGCUUCGGUGUCCUUGUGGAAAACGUGUUCGGGCUCUGGCCACGCUCGGUGUGUCCCGUGUCUGGGCUCUGGCUCUCUGCUUUGCCCUGGAGCCCUUGGCCUGGCUCGGCCUGCGGAGUGGAUACCAGCUUGGCUCAUCCUGCUGAGGAAGGGAGUGAUGGAACGUGGACCUGUGCCCCCACCACCCCACAGUGAGACACACACCCCCCCCACCAGGCAUCAGACACCUCCAAGCUCCGUCUCUCUUCUCAUGUCUGCCGUCGUCCCCCACUCCCAGCCCGAUGCAGGAUGCACCAGCUGAGCUGGGGGGUACAGACCACAGAGCCCCACAGGCUCAGGGCCGGCCCACAGCUGCCUCACCCGUCUGCCAUGUUGACUGGUAUGGACUGGAGCCCCCCCGCCCCAGCCCUGGCCUGCAGCUCCAGGGACCCCAGCAGACACGGCUGGCCACACCAAGGGAGUCCCAGCGGCCAGGCCCCAGUGGAGUCCCGAUUCUGUGCACCUGCCAGUAGGGGACUGUGUAGCGUGAAGGGCCUCCCCCCUGCGUCCGGUGGCCCCAGCUGACCCGGAAGGGUGGGUUUGGGUGUGUGCAGCUGAGAACAGCACCUUUUCAGCCUUCCCGGCAGACGUUGCCCCACAUCACCUGUUCGGGCUUCCUUCUUAGCACUUCCUGCUUCAGGCAGGCAAGCUGUGCCCUCCCCGUGGGAGCCGUGUCCUGCCCAGUCCUGGGCCUGGGUCUGCUCUCAUUGGCCUCGCCUGCCCCCUCCCCCAGGCCUGGGUCAGCCUUGGGGGCGUCAGGUGUUCUGGGGUGAGUAUCAACAUCCUGGUGUCCUGGGCGCAGUAGUCAAGGAGGGGGCCUGGCCAGGCAGGGCUUCCCAGGUGAGAGGCAGGAUGGAGCUGGGUGAGCAGGCCCAGGCCAGCCAGGCUGGGGCAAGGUUCUCAGAUGCUGCAGGCCCCUUCCUCUCUGUUUCUCUGUCUCUCCAUUAAUAGUCAUUUCUUUCUUGCUCAGUGUCCCAUGUCUGCGUCAUUUGGUCUUACUAGAUUUUUUUUCUUCUCUAAUAUUUAACAGAUGGAAGCUAGAUUUGCUGCCUUUUGAAAUGAACAGAAGAGUCACUUUUUUCCUUGGGACACUUUGGUGUCUUGGGGACCCCAACCCAAGGCCUUGGACAUGGCUGCUCCAUCAAGGAGAUGCUGUUUACUGGUUUGAGGAUGAGUUUUAGGGGGCAGGCUGGGUCUUCCAGCCCCCAGGAGUACUCAGCUCUGCGGCUCGGGCCCAGUGCCCACCUGGGGGACCUGAGCUGCAGGGCUCCGGCUGGUCCUCUGAUUCCCAGCAAGUGCCAUCUGUCAGCACGGACAGUGGUCACGCGUCUGGCCUGGGAGCCUGCUCACUCGGGCCCUGGGGGAUACGUGGCAUGGAAGUUUAGUCACCAGGCUUGUGCACGGUUGCCUAAAGCACCCCCCAUCCCAUGCCUGCCCUUCCCCCCCCCCCCCCCCCCCCCCAGGGCCAGGGCUCAGGCUUUGCCCAUCCUCAGCUGUCUGUCCCUUCCCAAAUCACCCAGGAGGAGAGGCUGAUAGACAAGAAGACCGCCCUGCCUUGGGCUGGGCUGGCUGCUCUGUCAGGGGUCAGUCCUGGUCCCCUGUGUGUUCGUGGGGCCUGGACAAGUGUGAUGUUGGGGCACCGGGAUGCGUGUGUGUGUGUGUGUGUGUGUGUGUGUGAGAGAGAGAGAGAUCUGAUUGAUGUGCUCUCAUCCCUCAUCCGCCAAGCCCCAAAGAGAAGACCCAUCGGCAUCAACAUCCCUCUCUACCCUGCUCCUCCAUUCCUUCAUUCUGAAGCCCCUCUGAGCAUGUGUGGGGUGUUAUGGAUGUGGCCAAGAGGCCCAGCACACCUGCCCUUGAGGCAUGCACAAUCCAUUAGGGAUGACUAUCUGCACACAGGUCAUGUGGAUACUCCUGAUGGUGAGGGACAGAGGACACAUGGGGGUGGUCCUUGACCAGCCUGGGGCCAGCAGUGCAGGGCAGGGGCUGACAGAGGAGCUGGGCACCCGCAGGGAAUGGAAAGAAGCUCUCUCUGCCUACGGUGUGGGGAGUAGGCUCAGAAAAUGUAUUAGCUCUGGCCCGGGCAGUGCGGGGUGGAGGCUGCUGCCCAGGCGGGUGGUGGAGGCCGCCCAGCCCCCCAGUUCUGAGGAGGCCUCAGCUCUCCAGGCCAGAGCGGAUGGCCCCGAGCUCCGAGUCCCACACGGAAUGGGCUUCAUCCUCGGGAUAUUGGGUGGUUCCCAGCUAGUGCCCUCCUUUGUGUGUAGUCCCUGUGGGGCUGGGCCGGGCGGGAGCUCUCUGGGCACAGCAUCUCUGUCCUCUCGGCUCAGGCUCACACGGGCCCCCCAGGCCUGCCUCUCCACCCGGGAGCCCCCCGCAUAGACACAGCUUAGCAGCUUAGACACACGCGUGUGUGCACGCGUGUCCGUGUGUGUAUAGGUACAUGCACGUAUACGUGUAAUGUCAACCUCAGAAAUAAAGCUCAGUUAUUUUAUCAGCAAAAUGGGUUUAUCUGGAAACCGAGAAUUGCACUUCAAGACAAGCAUGGAAGGAGAGGAGGCUUUUUUAUAGCGGGGGCAGGUGGUUGAAGUGUAGUGGCUUCUCAUUGGCUGGGCCGUGACAGCCUCUCGUUGGCUGGGCCGUGACUGUCUCUCAUUGGCUGGGCCGUGACUGCCUCUCAUUGGCUGGGCCGUGACUGCCUCUCAUUGGCUGAGCCGUGACUGCCUCUCAUUGGCUGGGCCGUGACUGCCUCUCAUUGGCUGGGCCGUGACUGCCUCUCGUUGGCUGGGCCGUGACUGUCUCUCAUUGGCCGGGCUGUUGCCAGGGCCAGAAGGAAAUCUUUCUUCCUGCUGCUGGGGUAGGAAAGUAAUAUCGGUCCCCCUGCAAGGUGGUGCCUUCCUAGGGGGGGUGGUCUGCAAAUGGCCACGAGUGGCAGGCCUGGAGAGUUUCCCCUGCGGUUCGCAACCCCAUUCUCAAAGAGUUUUCUUCUAUUCAGUUUCACAGUGUAUGUGUGAUGGUGUAUGUUUGCUGUGUUUGCAUGUACAUGUGUAUAUGUGUCUGUGGUUAUGUAUACGCACAGACGUGCAUAUACGUGCACGUGUGCAGGUACACAUACGGCUAUGCACGCGUGUGGACGUGUGUGUACAUACAUGACGUGUGCGUGAGGAAGAGGAGGGGGCUCCUGCACCCCAAAGCCGCAUUGGCCCCAUGCAGCCCGCAGACCUGCUGGGGCGGCCCUGGGCCGCCCUCUGUGGUCAGGAGUCCUCUCCUGGGCAGGCCUGUUCUGUUCCAUGGUUUCUCCCACUGUCUGUGUCCGGCAGGGAUUUCUCACCCUUUUAGGGCCACGGAGAAGACCCCCCUUCUCCUACACUACCAUGGAGUUGAAAGAAAACUCACAGAUGUCCUUUCCUUACUUUUUAUAGAUUUGUAGUUGGUACUUAGCCUUCCACUUCUUAAACUUUUAAUUUUGGGAAUUUUCAAACAGAUACAAAAAGAACAGUAGUGAACCCCAUGUGGUCAUCACCCCCAACUCCAGCAACGAUCAAAUCAUGACUGCUACUAUUUCACCCACCCUCCAUCUACUAGCUUGGGAUAUUUUGAAACAAAUGCCAGACAUCAUAUCAUGUCAUCUACAAAAAUUUCAGUGUGGAUAAAAGAUGAAGAUUGAAAAAAUACACGUGCAGGACAGCAUUGCCACACCCAACCCCAAAUGAGCAGGACUUUAGUUUUAUCACACAUGCAGUCAGUCUUCACCUCUUCCCCGUUGUCAUAUACACCUUCAAAAAUAGUUGGAUUGGAUUGGGAUCUGAGGAGUCCGGCUCGGGGCCCAAACCCUGUGUGUGAUCUCCGAGGCCUGCCCGUAGGCGGCCACAGAACUGUGGCCUGCAGGCCUCGCCGAAGCAGCCCUCCCCGCCCAGCUUUGCAGGCUGUGAGUGGGCCUGUGCCAAGGGCUCUUCGCACACGUGCAUGGCUAGGCGUUACCGCCGUCAGACCUGCUUCCCGGGGUCCUUGGCUGAAGCUCUUUUUCCCACUGUGACUCGGUGCUUUCCACUCCCAGCCUUGCCCCACUGUCCCUGGUGCCCCCGCACCAUACCCAGGUGGGAGCCUCAUUCAGGGCUCCUCAGGAGUGAGGUGGUCCUCUCGCCCGUCUGCAGGCGGUCGGACUCUGGCUCAUGUAGCCAUGGGGGUAAAUGGAACACUGAGAGGCCGUUGCCUUUCUUUGGUCUCUGGACUUUGCUGUGACACUUGAUUGUGACUUGCAGUUUGGCUCGGCAUCCUAAUUGGCCGCAGACACCAGCAGCUCAACAGGAUGCAAAUAAAGUCCCUCCACUGACUGAUGUGUGGUCGAGUCUCUUAAGUGACACAUUCUUCCUUCAUCUCUUUAUCUCCCCUCGUGACUCUUGCUUUUGAUGCCCAGCCCUGCAGAGUGGCCCACAGACUGGAGCUUGCUGCCGGCACCCCUGGAGUGUCAUGGGUCCUAUUCCAUGCCCUCUCUGGCUCUUGUCCCCGGGACCCAGCUCCAGUGGCUUAAUCAAGCUCAGUUGUGAUUUUUUGUCUGUGGCCAGCCACUUCAUGAAGGGACUGGUUGUUUGUUAAGUAUAAUUGCAAAUUCAUGGAUUUAAGCACUUUUUUGUGUUCCAAUUCAUGGAAAUGUUUCUCCUAUUGACAUUCAAGGCAUCUCAUCUUUGGCCAGUGGGAGUGAACUUGAGUUAACUCCUGAAUCCUUUAGACAUUGGCCAAGAGUCUUGAUCUACUUUGUUCUCUAGGAUGAAAAACUAUUCCAGGCCCAUUCUAUACAUUUCCUAAUCCAGACCUGCAAGCAUCCACUGCCUUCAGGAGCCCCUCUUUCUCUUCAAGAGAAAUGGUAUCUAGAGACCAAUAUCUGGGUGCUUGGGGUGCUUGUUUUUAGGUCUUGUCAGUGGACAGAACUAAGAUCCUAACUUUUCUUUUUAAGAUAUAACGCAGUAUGAGCACAUACUGAUACUAUUCACUCAAAUUCACAUCUGCAUGCUUUUCACUGAACCUUUUUGAAAAUACAUCUGCAUCUCCUUUAUUCCACACCGGGGGGCGCCUGGAUGGCUCAGUCGUUAAGCGUCUGCCUCCGGCUCAGGUCAUGAUCCCAGGGUCCUGGGAUCGAGCCCCACAUGGGGCUCCCUGCUCAGCGGGAAGCCUGCUUCUCCCUCUCCCACUCCCUCUGCUUGUGUUCCCUCUCUCGCUGUGUCUCUGUCAAAAUAAAUAAAUAAAAUUAAAAAAAAAAA